AUGGCGCAGACGGACGGCGGAGGGCGGGAAGCGGGGGAUGCUGGAGAAGCGCCGCGAGAGGGGGUAGACGCGGUGAAUCCGAGCCUGAAUGCACGAACCUCUGCCGAGCCUGACGAUCCCGCGUUUCGCGCUCUCUUUGCGACGCACAAAGAGCAUCUGACAUGGACUGACACGGGCCGCUUGCGCUGCGCGCUGACUGGUCACGAGUUCCUUCCAACCCACGAAACGCUGAAGCGACACGUGGCAAGCAGAGUCUUCGCCAAGGCGGGGGCGUCGCUCGCGCUCCGGAAGUUCGAGCCGCACGUUGUGCAGUCGCCGGAUAAUCCCAACAAGCUCCUGUGCACGUUGACGAACAAGCUUAUACAGAAAUCGGAGGACGCUGUAUGGAAGCACAUGAUGGGCCACAAAUUCCAAAAGCAACUCGUUAUGCAGUUGUGA